GUGUUUGGUUCGCCCCUGGUGGAAGCGCUCUGAGCCGAUAAUAAAACAAAACAGAACAGAAAACAUAGAUCCAAAACCGUUGGCAAAUCAAAAGUGUCAAAAAAAAAUCACAGUCAACUCAAAACAGGAACCGCCCGCCCUCCCUCCAAGUAUCUGUCGCAUUUCGAAAACCACCCGAUACAAAAGUGUGCCAAAAAGUGUACCGCUUGUUGCAUUCGUCGCGCCAAAUCGCGCUCACUGGAUACUCAUACUCAUACUCAUACUCGUAGUCGCAUAGAUAUUGACGAGAUUCGUCAGCUGUCAGUUGUUGUGCAAGUAGAAAAACCCGCCAAAAAGCCGAGAAAUCCGUUCCGGUCUUUGGGCAACUCAAGCGGAAGUUACAAGUGUGUUUAGUGCUAAAGAUCCAAUAGAAACCAGUUGCCUAAGCAGCAGCUUUGACAUCGUCGCAUUUUGGCACCGUUUCCGCCUGUUCAACGCCUUUUUCUUUGGCCAAUUUCCUUAUCCGACGCCGGCGUUAAAAAAAUCUGCCAAAAUUCCGAAGAAUCCGAGAAAAACUCCAAAAACAUCGACACGUACCGCAUCGGCAACCGGUGGCGGUGGCGGAGGUGCUGGCGGAGGCACCACCACCAGCACGAAAAUGGCAUCUAAAAGAAAAGCCUCGGUGUUGCUGCACAAGGAAACCAUACCAGCAACACCGGCCACGAACACCGACACAACCAGCACGGUGGUCGGUGUGGGCGGCGGCGGCGGCGGCGCAGGACUCGGUGGAGGAGGAGCAGGUGGCGGUGGCGGCCUCCUGGGCACCGGCGGCAUCCUGGGCGAAGUCGUCAGCGGCCUGGGCGGAGGAGGCGGCAGCGAGUCGGAGGCCUAUGCGGGUCUGAUGAAGGACGCAGACAAGCUGAAGCUGAUGCUCCUCGCCUGGAACUAUCAGAACUCAACGGCGGUGCGCAACGGGACCGAAGGGCCAGACCUCAGUGUUGUGGGUGGGCUGUGGGCCCAGUACCAGAACGCGCUCGCCCAGAAUGCGGCGGCGGCUGCGGCGGCCAGUGCUAAGAUGGACAGCUCGCUGUCCCCGGUGCCGCGGCAGGACACCCACUCGCCCAUGGAGACGCAGGACGAGACAAACUCCUCCGGACAAAAGGAGGAGGACGAGGUUUCCGAGGACGACUCUGAUGACAAGAUGGACGAGAAGCUGGCCACGCCCCACGAUCCCGAGCGCCUCAAGGCCUUCAAUAUGUUUGUGCGGCUCUUUGUGGAUGAGAAUCUGGACCGCAUUAUACCCAUCUCGAAGCAGCCAAAGGAGAAGAUCCAGGCCAUCAUCGACUCGUGUGCUCGCCAGUUCCCCGAGUUCAGUGACCGCUCCCGCAAACGCAUUCGCACCUAUCUCAAGUCGUGCAGACGCAACAAGAAGACCCGCGACGGAUGGGAGAAUACGGUAAGCUUAAUCGAAACCAGACCAACCCCUGCACAUCUCACCUCAGUGCAGGCGGAACAAAUCCUGGCCAUUGCCUGCGAGAACGAAUCGAUGAAUGCCAAGAGGAUGCGCAUUGGCCUGGAGCCCAUUACCCACGCGGUGCCGGCUCCUGGCAGUGCUGUUGCCGCAGCGGCUGCGGCAGCUGCGGCUGCUGCUGUUGUGGCUGCCACCAGCUCCGGUGCCGGUGGAACCAGCACCACGUCCGCGGGCAAUGCCACGGUCACCUGCGGAGGAGCUGGUGUCGCGGAUGCGUCGGGCCUCACAAAUGUGGCGGCCGCUGCUCUGCCCUUUGUCAGCGCCGUGGGCUUCGCUCGUUCCACACCGAACUCGGAGCAUGCGGAGGCGCUGCCUUUCGGCGGGGCCAGCAACGUGGGCGGAAGUGCGGGCGGCGGCAGUACCAGUGGAACGGAGAGCCAACAUCUUCUCCACCAUGGUCAGCCGCUGAUGCAGAGCAACUGUUCGGCGCGCAGCUCUCCACUGGCCCUCAGCUCGAAUGCCAGCGUGAGCGGUGGGGCAAGCGUGACCGGGCUGACACUGGCCAACGGGGCUGUGGCCUCGAAUGGGGCUGGCCUCCCGCCCACCAGCUACCCCGGCUACUUUCCCGGGGUGGCUGCCCUGGGUAAUGUGACGCCCACCGAUCUCUCGAUGAAACCGACCUCGCUGGGCUCCGGCGUCAGCGGCAACCUGCUCGGCAGCAACAACGGCAAUCUGUCCGUGGCAGGAGCCAUCAACUCCCAGCUCAGUGCCGCCAACCUGGCCACCCUGAGCAAUGCCAACACCAACAGCGCUCUGGUGACCGCAACCCAGCAGCUACAGCAGCUCCAACAGCAGCAACAACAGCAGCAGCAACAGCAGCAGCAACAACAACAGCAGCAACAACAGCAACAACAGCAGCAGCAGCAACAGCAACAGCAGCUCCUGGCGAGCUCUGGCGGCGGUCUCGACGGGCAAUCCGCCCGAGUACCGCCUAUCCUUCCGCACAAACUGAGUCCCAACGAGGUUUCCGCGGCCCGCCAGGUGAUAUCCGCUUACCGUGAGAGCGCAGCCUUCCUACUGCGCACCGCCGACCAGGUGGAGCAGCUGCUAGUCCAGCAGCAGUAGGCGUGGCCGGGGGCGCACUCAAGUUUCCAGGACCCAAGCGAUGCCAGGCGCGCGCGGGUUGUUCCUAUUUAAAGUUAAAUAUAAAUUCAAUUACACACAAAAACUGAUCCACUCACCCCACACACUGUCGCGCCAAACUAAGCGAAAUAGUCAAAGCAUAGAGCAAAACGAAGGAGCAACACAGGAGUAGAAGGCAGAAGAGGAGGAGAGAGCAGGAGAGCAGGAAAUAGCCAAAAGGAAGUUCGUUUAAACAAAACAUUUUAAGUGUUUAUUCCUCCAACUACGUACAGAAUAUUAAAAUAGAAUUAAACAAUAAACAAAAACCAAAACAAAUAUUGAAAAUAUCACAACAUUAAAAAUAGCAGAGCUGCUCCAGCCAUCUGAAUGUGUCUCAAAUGAAGCCUCCACCCUGGAUUAUUUAAUUCAAAACUGUUCAAGAACUAGCGAUAUCCCCCAUACAACAAACAAAAUAUAUUUUUUUUUAUUUAAUUUGUUUGGAUGCUGAAAUAUUAUUUACAAUAUUAAUUAAAAUCACUUCCAUGAGAAUUUGUUAUGACUAUUUUCGAAAUUCCUUCCUACAAGACAAAUAUUUUGACAACCAUAAAAUCAUAAAUACAGUUCUAGAUCCAAUGUUGGAUUGCUUUAUAUCCCAAUAUCGACCAUAAAAUGUUCCCCUUCAAAUCAUCUAUCCACUAAUAUCGAAAAAUACAUAUAAGAGACAUAUCAGAUAGCUGGAAAACUCUAAUAAAAAUAAAUCCAAGCAACAGUUCAACGUACUACAGUGUCUACUAAAAGUAAAACUACAAUAGCCACACACAAACACUCGCAUUGAUUUUGUUUAAACUUUUGAUUAUUGCAUAUUUUUGGACUCGCCCCGGUGGGGGAAGGAGCAACGAUUUCAUGGCCCGUUUUCAAUGAGCGCGAUUUGUUAAAAAUGAAAAAUAAUAAUUAAUAAGUUGAAGUAUUGUUGUACAUUUUAAGGAAACGAUACAAAAAAAAAAACAUUUUAAGGAAAACAAAACAAAAAAAAAUAUGAAAAACUAUGAGAAAACACAGGGUGAUACUUUGAAAAAUUAUUACAAUGCAUAAGCUAAAAAUUAAAGAAACGACAGAAAGGAAAAGAGAAAUGUAAAAAAAAUGAAUUUGAAAAACGGAAUAGAAGUUGGUAAAUGUGUAUUUAAAGUUUAGAAACAACUACGUUUUGUACACUGUUUCCAGUUUCUUGUUUAAUGUCCUUCAGUUCGACUGGUUUACCUGCCAUUAGGUGUAUAUAUUUUAAAAUUUUACAUUUUUGUUUUGCUGUUGCUUUUUACUCACAUUCGAUUAUGGAAGUAUAUAUACCAAAUAAAGUAAUUAAAUACAAAAUAGCCAUUAAUGUUUUUGCAACUAUAAAUGUGCAUGUAAAAAAACCACACACCACACACAAACACUGGAAAACACAGAGGAACAUCGGUUAAAUAGGGAUGUGAGAAAGCGAAAACUCUAAAUGGGAGUUCGCUAUGAAAGGCAGAUUAUAGAAUUUAAUAAUAUAAAUAAAUUGCUACAAUUAUUUAA